CCUGUUCGUUACUCCCCAUCGAGAGGCCCCGUGUACGACCGAGAAAACCAUUCCAUUUCCAAAUUUUUGUGUAUCACAACUCACAAGAAUUUUGAAAUUCCACAAUAUGCCUUCUUCUACACCCUCUCUGGUUUCCAAAUGCACCGUUUUCCCUGACCGGAACUCCACUAUCGGAGACCUCAAGCUCUCCGUCUCCGACCUUGCCAUGCUUUCCUGUCACUACAUCCAGAAGGGUUGCCUCUUCAACCUUCCUCCCGGUUCUCUCCCUUUUCAUUCUUUCAUUCCUCUCCUCAAGUCCUCUCUCGCUCGCACUCUCUCGCUCUUUCCUCCUCUCGCCGGCCGCUUGAAGACCGAUUCCGAUGGCUAUGUCUUCAUCGACUGCAACGAUGCUGGCGUCGAUUUCGUUCAUGUCACUGCCACCGGAUUCUUCAUCCACGACCUCUUGGCCCCGCCCGAUGUCCCCGAAUCUUUCAAGGAAUUCUUCGCUUUUGACAGGAAAGUUAGUUACUGCGGUCAUGUCAGCCCGAUUUUGGCUGUUCAGGUCACCGAGCUCGCAGACGGCGUUUUCAUCGGCUGCUCCGUCAACCACGCCGUCACAGACGGGACCUCCUUCUGGAAUUUCUUCAAUACUUUCGCCCAAGUCUUCAGAGGAGUCGACAAUAUUUCCAAGGUGCCGGACUUCCGGAGGGAGUCCGUUCUCAUCUCGGAAGCGGUGCUCCGUUUGCCAGAGGGUGGGCCCAAGGUCAACUUCAACGCCAACGGACCAUUGCGGGAGCGAAUUUUCAGCUUUAGCCGCGGAGCAAUUCAAAAGCUGAAAGCCAGAACAAAUAACAGGAGGCGGACAGGCAACCAUAACGGGGAUGUCAUUAAUGCUUUAGAGCUGACGGGGAAGCAGCGAAACGAUCCUUUCCAGGAGGAGGACAGGAUAGUAAGGUCCAGGGUCAAGAGUGCAGUUGCUGAAACGGGGGAGAUAUCGUCGUUCCAGUCGCUUUGUGCACUACUGUGGAGGGCGGUAACGCGAGCCAGGAAGAUGUCAGCGUCGAAAAUGACAACAUUCAGAAUGGCGGUUAACUGUCGGCAAAGGCUGGAGCCCAAAUUAGAUCAGUACUACUUCGGGAAUGCGAUUCAGAGCAUACCGACGUACGCGUCCGCAGGCGACGUAGUGUCAAGGGAUUUGCGGUGGUGCGCGGAGCAACUGAACAAGAACGUGAAGGCGCACGACGACGCUACGGUGAGGCGGUUCGUAGAGGAGUGGGAGAGGAACCCGAGGUGUUUCCCCCUGGGGAAUCCUGACGGUGCAUCCAUCACCAUGGGGAGCUCCCCGAGAUUCCCAAUGUACGACAAUGAUUUCGGGUGGGGCAGACCCGUAGCGAUUCGGAGCGGUGGGGCCAACAAAUUUGACGGGAAGAUCUCGGCUUUUCCCGGCAGGGAAGGCAGCGGGAGCGUUGAUCUGGAGGUUGUGUUGGCGCCCGAAACCAUGGCGGGACUGGAGUCGGACUCGGAGUUCCUGCGAUACGCGUCGUCGUUUCUGUUAUGAUGUGUUUGACCUGGCUGCGCCUGUUUCAGCAUGUGGAAUUCGUAUUUUUAAUUUAAUUUUUGGUCUGUGUACGUACUAAUGUCUAAUAAGUGUUGUGGUUAUGCUCUACUCUCUCACCACGCCUCUGUACUUAUAUUUUGCCCUUUUUUUUUCCUCUGUAACUCAAAUAGUAAACU